AGGGACAAAACGCCCACCCACUCCUGAGGGAAAGACGGACUGAUUGGGAUGGGAAUUAGCAUCUCUCCCGCCGCGUUACGUAGGCAAGGCAAGACAGAAAGCUGGACGCGAAGCCAAAAGCGCCUCAGGAAGGCAGAAGCGAAGCAGACCCUCCGCCGUCCCAUCGCGCGCCUGCUCUCCAACGCUGCGCCCGUUGCGCCCGCCAAUUUGCCUGAAUCUGCCUCCCUCUGAGGCGCGAGGGAGCCUCCUCACCGGCAGCCGCCUCACCUGCCCAGCCGAGGGGGGGGGGGACUGCAACGGCAUGGCCAGAGAGAGACGGGAUAGCAAGGCGGCGACAUUCUUCUGCCUGGCCUGGACACUCUGCUUGGCUCUCCCGGGCUUCCCGCAGCAUGUGAGUGGCCGAGAAGACAGAGCGGACUGGACUCAGGAGAAGUAUUCCCAUCGUCCAACCAUUUUAAAUGCAACUUGUCUCCUACAAGUCACCUCACAGACAAAUGUUAAUCGCAUGUGGCAAAAUGACCUUCAUCCAAUCCUGAUUGAGAGAUAUCCAGGUUCACCUGGGAGUUAUGCUGUGCGGCAGCAUAUCAAGCAUCGCCUACAAGGAUUACAGGCUGGCUGGCUUGUUGAAGAAGACGCAUUUCAGAGCCAUACUCCUUAUGGAUACCGCACUUUCUCAAAUAUAAUCAGUACUCUCAAUCCCCUUGCCAAGCGCCAUUUGGUGAUAGCUUGCCAUUAUGACUCAAAGUAUUUCCCACCGCAACUGGAUGGUAAAGUGUUUGUUGGAGCCACCGACUCAGCUGUGCCUUGUGCAAUGAUGCUAGAAUUGGCAAGGUCCUUGGAUAGACAGCUUUCUUUUCUGAAGCAAAGCAGCUUACCACCCAAGGCAGAUCUUUCUCUGAAGCUUAUUUUCUUUGAUGGUGAAGAAGCUUUUGUGAGAUGGUCCCCUUCAGAUUCCCUGUAUGGCUCCAGAUCUUUGGCCCAGAAAAUGGCAUCUACUCCUCAUCCACCGGGUGCCAGGAAUACGUAUCAGAUUCAAGGCAUUGAUCUUUUUGUGUUGCUGGAUUUAAUUGGUGCACGAAAUCCUGUUUUUCCUGUUUACUUUUUGAACACAGCUCGAUGGUUUGGGAGACUUGAAGCCAUUGAACGAAACCUUUAUGAUUUGGGUUUGCUAAAUAAUUAUUCUUCUGAGAGGCAGUACUUCCGGAGUAAUUUACGUCGACAUCCAGUUGAGGAUGACCAUAUUCCAUUUUUGAGAAGAGGUGUCCCAAUCCUACACUUGAUACCAUCACCUUUCCCUAGAGUAUGGCAUACUAUGGAGGACAAUGAAGAGAAUCUUGACAAGCCAACUAUUGACAACCUCAGCAAAAUUCUGCAAGUUUUUGUGCUGGAAUAUCUCAACUUGGAAUAACUGUUACCCUGAAAUUAAUAUUUUGUUCUAAACGCUUAACUGUUUAGGAUCUUUCCAAGAAUAGGCCUUUAUUGUAGAUAUAGCAAUCAGAUCUCCUACUUUACGGCUUUGCCUGUGACAAAAACUGAAAGAUUAUCCAUCUAGAUUUUAUAGUUAGUGAAGUUUUAAACUUUAUUCCUAAGUAACAAAAACCUGGCAGUGUAAAAGCUAAUUAUGUUAUUAUGAGAAGCUGGAUGUAAAAAAAAAUAUACAUCAAAAUACCAUUUUUAAUUUGUUUUUUUAAUUUAAAAAUGAACAGGAAAUGUUUAUAUAUCUUAGAUGUUAACUUCUUUCUAUUAAUCUUUAAUAUACAUGCUUCAUAACUUUAGUAAUGUUAAAAAGAACAAAAAACUAUUAAGCAUCUCAGGGUGAGAAUCUGAGCACCUUUACCUGCCAAUUCACAUAUGUGCAGAAGACAAGGGCUUCAAAACCCCCCCCACACACACACCUUUAUGUGGCUUAUUUAUUGAACUGCUGUUUGAAUGAUUCCCAAAUAUGAUUUAAGGUGCCAAUGUUGUAGUCUUCUGUAGCUGUGAGUGCCAAUAAAAAACAGAGAGUGACUGUGCCUGGACUACAAUUCUGAACCAGGUAGGCAAAUCAUCAGUCCAGAUUUCAUUAAAUCAUGCUGUUAAAUAUAUAUUGGUUGAUUGCAGUUGUUUAUCUGAUGAGCAUACUGUUAUCUCUUUGUUGACAAUGAUAUUCAACUUUGCAAGUGAAUCAUAGAUUAGUAGAAUCCAUUGAUAGUAUGAGCAUUCCUAUCUCCUCCUUUUAGUGCAAAAGUGAGCAAACAUUCAUUCCUCCGUUCAUUUCAUUCCCUGAAGCUCCUCAGAAAACAAUGCCCAAAAUGGCAGCAUGAUUCAACAGUUAAUUAUAUUUUAAAAAUAUACUUCGUAUUAGUCUUGGCUCUGGCAACUACCUAGACAAGCUCCGCAUUUUUCUUGGCAAGGUUUUUCAGAAGUGGUUUGCCACUACCUCCUUCCUAGGACUGAUAGAAAGUGACAGGCCCAAGGCCACCUGGCUUGUUUUGUGUCUAUGGUAGGACUAGAACUCAGUCCCCAAGUUUCUAACCUGUGUCUUAACCACUAUACCAAACUGGCCUUCCUAAUUAUAUAAAAAAGGUGUGUUGAUCUUAAUAUACUAAUCAACAUUACUAAACUCAGGGAAAAAAAUCCUUUUCAUUGAUUA